AUGCCUCUCAUCGACAUCAAACCUGAUCACUACUACGACAAUGCCGCAGGUGGCAUCCCCGUCUUUUGUCCUACCAUGGACCAGUUCAAGGACUUUUCUACCUUUUGCGAGUCCAUCGUAAGCUACGGACGUGAAGCUGGCCUCGUCAAGAUCAUCCCUCCAAAAGAAUGGACCGCUGCUCUUCCUGAUCUCUCUGAGCGCCUGUCCUCAGUACGAAUCAAGAGGCCCAUUAUCCAACACAUCAGAGGCACCAAGGGAAUCUACUCUCAGACCAAUAUCGAAUCCAGAAAAACCUACACUGUCGCUGAGUUCAAGACCCUCUCAAACGACUCAAAUCAUCGCCCCCCUUCCCGCAAAGGUGUGCCUCAUGGCCCCGCUGAGCCCCUGCCGAGACGCAAGAGGAAUCGCAAACCAGCUGCCGUCGCACUCCAAACCGAAGCCAGCACGAUGGAGGUCGACUCUCUACCAACGACCCCUACUCACCAGCCAGAUAUCCCAGAUCACUUUUCAAAUGACGACUCUCAUGAUGCUCUCGUGCCUACAAGCGCCAACACCACUGCCAACAAUAGCCCAGAUCAACCUUUCCAAUCGUCUCUUGGAUCCGAUUUCGCCCGAAAACAUUUCCUUCGCCAGGCUUCAAGUCCUUCACCUCCUUCCAGGCAUGCUGCCUCACGAGAGACCAUGUUGCCCCUUGUACCAGACACCAAGGACGAAAUCGAAGCAUCUUCCACCACCCAGAUCAACACCUACAACAUUGGAACCAACAGUAGCAGCAGCAGCAGUAGCAGCAGCAGUAGCAGCAGUAGCAGCAAUGGAAACAAGCAAAAGGAAGCAAAGGCGGCAGAGCAGGAAAGGAUUGAGCCUCCAAUGACGGAUUACAAGGUCGAGCAUGGCGAGGAUUUUUCAGCGGAUUACUGCAAGGAGGUCGAGCGGAACUACUGGCGCAACCUGACGUUUGUUCAGCCUAUGUACGGAGCCGACAUGUCUGGCUCUCUUUUCGAUGACAGGACAACAUCAUGGAACACACAGCGCUUGGGAGACCUCUUGUGCAAGAUCGACCAAAAUUUGCCAGGAGUCAACACGCCCUACCUCUACUUUGGAAUGUGGAAAGCAACGUUUGCAUGGCACGUCGAGGACAUGGAUCUCUACUCCAUCAACUAUCUCCACUUCGGCGCCCCCAAACAAUGGUAUUGCAUCCGACCUGAAAACAGUAGCCGGUUCGAACGUAUCGCUCAGGGAAUCUUUUCGUCCGACUAUAAGAACUGUCCUCAGUUCUUGCGCCACAAGACAUACUUGCUCUCGCCCACCAAGCUGGCAGCCGACGGCGUUCCAGUCAACCGACUCGUUCAGCACGAAGGAGAGUUUGUCCUCACUUUCCCUUUCGCCUACCAUUCAGGAUACAACCUCGGCUUCAACUGCGCAGAGUCGAUCAACUUUGCGCUGGACGACUGGAUUCCGAUCGGACAAAAGGCAGAGUCGUGUAGAUGCAUCAACGACGCCGUCCAGAUCGAUGUCGAUGCGAUCUUCCGGUCUGCAAAGAAAUCCAUUGCCGAGGAGGAGUCAGCGCGAUCCAAGAGCCGACCUGGAAAGAAUUCUGAGGAUGCUGAUAUGAAGGAUGAGCAUGACCAGGACGACCCGCCGAUAGAUUCACAAAGGAAGAGGAAACGUGGUGCCAUCAAGGAUCAAGCACCAGAGAAACUCGUUACGGUUAUGCUCUCCACUGGCAGCAAAUCCGACAAGGCGACAGAUAGUCUCACCCCCAGCACAAAGACGACUCGCAGUCAGUCGGAUUCCUCAACAAAGGCUCCACCCAGCAAGAAGGCAAAGGCCGCGACGACUCAUGAGAAGGCGCUCGAUUGCGUUCUUUGCCCAAACCAAGAAUUUGAUGGGGAGUUGCUUCCCACCAGCAAUGGUAAAUACUGCCAUAUGUUGUGCGCUCAGUACAUUCCAGAGACAUACAUGUCUGGAGAGGACGAUGACGAUGUCAUUGUCCACACUGAAGGGGUUCCUGCAGCAAGACGAAGACUUCGUUGCUUUGUCUGCGAAAAGAAGGUUGGCGCCUGUGUUCAGUGCUGCAAGGGCAAAUGCAUCCGAGCAGUCCAUGCUAGCUGUGCCGAAAUGGAAGGCAUGUAUAUCGAUGAAGUUGAACACGAGGAUGAAAGCAUCGAAUAUCAACUCUACUGCCCCACGCACGACCCUCGCCAGGAGAAGGAAAAGGAAGCAGGAUAUAAGGCAUGGAGAGACAUGAUGACCAAGAAGCUGAAGCCGGGCCUCUCUGUUUGGGCACGAUGGAACGACAAUGUGUACUACUCGGGCGUGAUCGAGACUAUCUUGAGCGACAGACUCAACUGCAAGAUCCAGUUCCAUGAUGGCUACGUCAAGACGGUGACCUGGAAGGACAUUUCGUUGGACAAGAAGCAGCCUCAUACUGGCUUCCGCACCGCCGGCUACUGUCGCGGAUGA